AUGAUUUAUUUUUAUCAAAAACAAUUUACAAUUUUUUAUUUAAUUCAAAAAUUAAUACUUUCUGGUAAAAAAAGAAAAACUGGAAAUUUAGUAUUAAAUUUUUUAAUUUUAUUUAAAAGAAAAAAUAAAGAUUAUUUAUAUAAUUUAGAAAAAAUAAUUAUAAAAUUAAUGGUAUUUUUUACUUUUAAAAUGAAAAAAAUAAAUACUUCUAUUUAUCAAGUACCACAACCAAUUAUAUAUAAAAAAUCAUUAUUUAAAGCUAUUUCAUGAUUAGUUAAAGCUAUAAAAAAUAAAUCAAAAAAUAAAAUAUCAACAUAUAAAAAAUUAUAUUUAGAAUGUGAUAAUAUUUUAAAACAACAAGGUAAAGCUUUAAUUAAUAGAAUCCUUAUUUAUUUAACGUAUAAAAAAUAA